CAGAGAGGAGCUGUGGUCGGUGUCAGGAAAUGUGGAGGGACUCGGUGCAGGCAGAGAGCGGUGCUGGGUGUCUGUGGCUCAGCCAGCACAGGGGAGGAGCGGGACUGACACGUCAGAGAGGGGACACUUGUAAACACAGCACUUCUAGCAGGCAAAGCCCAGGAAAAAGGAAGAGAGAGUUCAAACUUCAUACAUAAGCAGCAGCAGCAGCAGCAGAAGGCUGACUGUCCUGGAGGUAUGCGGCAGAUCUGAAGAUGCAAUGAAUGGUGCAUAGGAGCGCUCGAUAUUGAAUAUACAAUGGACAACGUGGACGAUUUGUAGUUCCAGUUUUUUUCUGAAAACGUCAUAACAUCUAGUGUGUACCCAGCGUUACAGUUCUGGGCGCAUUAUACAGUACCGGAGUGUGGUAUCACAUUUUAGCCACCUUGGGUAUUUACUGCGACUGAGACAAAAUUACACAUUUUUAGUACCACAGAGAUUUAUCAGGUAACAAGAUGAAACGAUAAAGUAGCUCAUUCAUUACUGGAACUUUGUAACUGUUCAGAUCAAUUUAUAUAUUAAUAUACCAAUGCAAGAUUGCUACAACAGCUCUGUAUAAGAGCAUUCUAAACAAUGGAUCAGAAUGUAAGCUGUCCCAGUGUAGAUAUACCCAGCUACGAUGAACAUCGAGAAAAAAAGAAGAGAUUUACUGUUUACAAAGUUCUAGUCACUGUAGGACGUAACGAGUGGUUUGUCUUUAGACGGUAUGCAGAAUUUGAUAAACUGUAUAACACGCUUAAAAAACAGUUUCCAGCUAUAAAUUUCAAGAUUCCUGCCAAGAGGAUCUUUGGAGAUAAUUUUGAUCCAGAAUUUAUCCAGCAGAGAAGAGCAGGACUGAACGAAUUCAUCCAGAAUUUACUUCAACAUUCUGAAUUAUGCAGCCACCCUGACGUCCAGACCUUCUUAAAGCUGGACUGUGCCAGACAUCAGACAGUUCCUUCAGAGGAUGAGGAUGAAAGGAGUGAUCAGAAGAAUGGUUCUCCCUCGCAAAAUGUCAACUUGGGACCAUCUGCAAAUCCUCAUGCUAAGCCUUCAGACUUUGAAUACCUCAGACUGAUCGGUAAAGGAAGCUUUGGAAAGGUCGUCCUUACAAGGGGGAAAUCUGAUGGCCGGUAUUAUGCAGUGAAAGUUUUACAGAAGAAAGUAAUUCUCAACAAAAAAGAGCAAAAACACAUCAUGGCUGAACGAAACGUGCUGCUGAAAAAUGUAAAACACCCCUUUUUGGUGCAUCUCCAUUAUUCAUUCCAAACUUCAGACAAGCUUUUUUUCGUUCUGGAUUUCAUCAAUGGAGGAGAGCUGUUCUUUCACCUGCAAAGAGAGCGAUAUUUUGCUGAGCCAAGGGCACUUUUUUAUGCUGCAGAAAUUGCCAGUGCCUUGGGCUACCUACACUCAAUGCAAAUUAUAUACAGAGACUUGAAACCAGAAAAUAUCCUCUUGGACUCUGAGGGUCAUAUUGUUUUAACAGAUUUUGGACUUUGCAAAGAAGGAAUUUCUAAUUCUGACAAAACACUCACAUUUUGUGGGACACCAGAGUAUUUAGCCCCCGAAGUCAUAAAGAAACAGCCGUAUGAUAAUACAGUAGAUUGGUGGUGUCUUGGUUCUGUCCUGUAUGAAAUGCUACAUGGUCUGCCCCCUUUCUACAAUCGUGAUACUGCAAUCAUGUAUGAGAACAUUCUCCACAACCCGCUGAUUGUGAGGACAGAUAUAAGUUUGACAGCAUCAUCUAUCUUGGAGGAGCUGCUUGAAAAAUACCCAAAACACAGACUGGGAUCAAAGAAUGAUUUUGAAGAUAUUAAAAGUCAUCCAUUCUUUUCCUGUAUAAACUGGACAGAUCUUGUUGAAAAGAAAAUCCCAACGCCAUAUGACCCUCAUGUGGAUGGCCCGGAUGAUAUUUCUAACUUCGACACCGAAUUUACAGAUGCUAUGGUUCCGGAUUCCGUGUGCAUAUCUUCUGACUAUUCUAUCGUUAAUGCCAGUGUGGAAGAAGCAGACGAUGCCUUUGUUGGAUUUUCCUAUGCUCCACCCUCUGAUGACUUUCCCUUUUAGGGCUUGGACUUGAAAAACACAUUAUACAAGCAUUUUUACAGGGUAUCUAGUAAAUGUGGCACCUGUCCCCUGCAUGCAGAUGUCACAGCCAUUGUCUGGGCUAAACCAGGAUUCAUGACAGUGCAGCCUAUUCAUUUACUGGGAGUAGAAAUUUACGUGACAUCACUAGUUCAUAGUGAGUUGAUUGGCCACAUUCUCAGAAAUAUUUAGCCCAUAUAAUGCUUGUUCCCACUGUGUGCUGGCAACUGGUAUGCUAUAAUGUUUUCACUAGGCGCUUGCCUUGUUCAAAUGGAACAGCUGCCGACGUUACACAGUAGCCACCUAUGUCAAUGUAUAUUGACGUCAUAGAAUCAUCGUUUUUGUAUGACACAUUUCAUCCUACUGAUAUUCAAAUGUAGGCCUUUUAGUGUGUUACAACUGAGAACAUUUUAGAGGUCCACUGUGAACAUUACAAUCCCUUUCAUUUCACUUUUCUAAGCAAUGAUAAAGGGAGUUUCACUAGAACUGAACUGCACAAUUUUGUUUCUGGAGAUCACCCAUGUACCUCUACAUUCCACUCACUUCCUGAGACGUUUUCAAUUCUUUUAAUAGAAUUAAUAUGGCUGCCGUGCAAGCCUCACACACUCUGGCCAAUAAGAAUUUAUGACGUCACUGGGCAGAAUAUUGGUCAAUUACGACAACUAUCGUUUGGAUAAUUAUUUUAAACUUCCUGCAUUUGAAAACUAAUGAAUAGUGAUUUGUGGCGUAACAAAUAAUAUAGAUCUCUUGCUUAGCAACUGGUUAGUUAUAUAGAGUUUCCAGUCAUACAAACUUUUCUAGGUAUAAAAUGAAAACACAAAAAAAAUAAAAAAUUCUGGCCAGUAUCUAUGAAAACUAAAAGUCAAAGGACAUCGCUCAGUUUUUUUUUAAAGUGUCCCACAGAACUAGUGCACAGAAAACGCACCAAGAUAUGAGAAGUGCAUCAAAUACUUUUUUUUUUUUUUUGUGGUGCUGUUCUUAAAUGGCUUUGUCAUCAUUUUGGUAGCGUACUGCUUUAAAGACUUCGUAAGUUAUUCCAAAUUCAAUGUAAAUUUCAGGACGGCGUUAUAUUCAGUUGUGAGCCAUUUUAGUUGGCAAUGAACAAUGAUUUCUCCAUGACACCAGUUCAUUGUGUUCACAAUGACAAUGAUCUUGUGUUACCAUAGCUACAGUAUCUCAAGUGUAACUUGUCUUAACUGUAUGGAUAAGCACUCCUAAGUACUACCUAAAACUGGAAAUCAUGCUAGAGCAGGCUGCUACCUUCAGAGCAAACAUUGUGUGCUUUUAUAUUUACUAUGCAAAAUUUAUUUUGUAAAAUAGAUAUAAAUCAUAUUGUUUCUUUAUUAAAUGGAAUUUUAUAAUACAAACUUCACUAGUAAAUAACAAAGUUAAACUAUA